AUGUCUAAUAUAUCCCUGGAUGGCGGGCACACCACCAUACACAGCAACAACACAUACCAUGACGCCGCCAAGGAAGAGGGCCAACAUCAGGAGCAGCAGAAGCUCUCCAUGCCCGACAGCCACGCCGCCGUCGAGCGUAUGGCGGCAGUGCAAGUUGUCGACCGGCUGCGCUGGUGGCGCACCCAUCGUGUGCGUGAGCAGCCCAUCCCAGUCGACCACUUUGUGCUGCGCGGCAGCUAUGUCAACUACUCCUCGUUCGGCACGCGCCCCCUGGCUCCAGGUGUGGCGCGGCUGCUGCAAAGAGCACGCACCGUGCGGGCGCAGUACCUCCGCACGCAACAGCAGCCACAACCGGAGGCGCUACGGGAAAACCAACAAGUCUCCAGUCCGCUGAUGGCCUCCACAGUGGGGGCAUCCGCGUGCAGUGCUUCGAGUGAGCGACCGGGCAGCGAUGCGAGGGAGGCGGAGCGCACCACGGGUUGUGUUUCAGAAGAGGAGGCGGGCCAGUGGGGCGAGUGCCACCAGCGGCAGCUCCGUGAGAUGAAUGAUGAUGCGAAGGAAAGGGUGAACAACAAGCGCCGAGCCGAUGUCAUCGCAUCCUGGCCGCGGUCGCCGCACCCCCUCAACGAGGAUGCCAUCGCCGGCCCCGAAGAGCCGGCGGGGGAGCGGGAUUCUGCCACUGCGAAUAUUGCUCGCACCUUACACGCGGCGCCAGGUUCAGCCGGCACCUCUCCACCUCUCGUCAGAGCAGCUUCUGGGUCUACUCAGGGUCUCGAUACGCCUUCGUGUGCGUUGUAUGUUCCCUCGAAGCAGGAGGCGUGCGCCGCUGAGCGACUGCUCAUGCUGUUCCGGCCGCGCGCCGCCUCGGCACCGCUGCGAUCACGUCGGUAUCGGUACACCGCAGGACACCUUGAUGUCACCUCCAGUGAGUUCAGCGGUGAGCCCUCUCUUCAGCACGACUGGGGAUUCGCGGAGGCCACUGGGCUGCACCAUGAGCGCAUGACGCGCGUCUCCGCCUCUGACGAGAUAACGGAUGUUCGCCGCGCCCCCGGCGCAGCCGAAGCCGUGAUUGUUCUGCACCACGCCCCACGGCUCAUCUUGUACGAGAAGGGGUUGAACCCGAAGGCCGCACUGCGGGCUGCCCGCAUCUCGUCGGACGCCAUCGAAAGUCUCGACGGGGCCGCGGCGGAGAGCUCAGCAGAGAUUUUCGCACUGAGGAACCUGCCCUUGUGCGCCUUUGAGCGCUUCUUUUAUCAGCAGCAGCUCCGCGGACUGGCGGAGACGAGGCGGAGCCAUACGCCGGGGAUGCGGUCAACAUCGGCGACAGCGACAGACGCCAGCGCGGAGAGCGCUGGGGCCCCUGAAAGUGACACGGCUUCCGCUCCGACGGGUGCUGGUACUGCUGGGGGGGCAGACACCUCCGUGGACGACGACAUCGUUGUGAAUGGUGGUGGCGACGCACUCUUCUUCGGGUCGCCCUUGACGGCGACCUUAGCGUGCUCGCUGAAAACUGUUGUGCCACUGUCGUCGGCUGGGGCAGCUGCGACGCCUGGUGCCCGUGGCCGAGAAGGACGAGAUGCUGCGGCCCGGCAAGCUGUACCGCGUCGCGGCCGUGGUCGAGACGACCGCAGCAGUCGAAGGAGAGGAGGCCGGGCAGCGCUGCGUGCUGUCUCAGUGCCGGUCCUACCGCCAGUGUACAAGGGCGGAUGCCCACAAAUGACUCUCGCUGCAUCACACCACCACCUCAGCUCCGAUGCGCGGCUACAACAACCACAUCAGAGCUCAAAUCGUUCCUCUCCGAUUCUCUCGGCGGGGCUGCGUUCCAGCAAGGUGCCGCAGGACGGUGCUCAUCUGUGCCUCCGUGUGGGUGACCUGCAGGAUGUGUACGUGUUCAACCCAGUGGUGGACAUGAUCGGCAAGGGUGCCUUCUCUAAGGUGUACGCUGCCGUUCCCAUCCUUCGCGGAAAAGAGGGACUUCGGCGCUUCGCCUCGCCGCUGCUGCACAGGCAGGCGGCCCCCUGUGACAGCGACGAGCUCAGUGGCGGUGGUCCCCGAGAGGGGGGCAGGCGCGCUCCAAUGGUUCGGAGGGUGAGCCCAGUGCGCCGCAAUUCGUCCUCUCCCGCGGUGCGUGUGGACCCUGCCGCCGGGGUGGCUGUCGGCGACGCGGCCGGGCCACUGACAGAUGAUGAGGCGGCAAAGCGCAGACCGCACACUCGGUCACUGGCGGCAUCUCUACACUCUAUUCCCGUUGUUGCACUCAAGGUGAUUCCGCGCAAGGCACGCCAGAAACCGAAGGCGGUGCCUGAUUCGCUUGCCACCACGCCCUCCACUGCCGCUGCCGCGACAGGAGGCGCCGCUUCGAAUGCGCAACGAGCAGCGCAGAACGACCAAAACAGCGUGCGCCGCGAACUCGUCGAGAUUGAGCGCGAGGUUUCGAUCCUGCGCAGUCUUCACCACACCGGCUGUUCGCAGUUCUUCGAGGCGAUCCGCACCCCAGAUGCCUUCGUCAUUGCAAUGCGCGUCUUCCCUGGCAGCAUGGAUGCGCAGCGCUACCUCUCCCGCUACGGGGCACCGUCAGAGGCGCGGGCGGCACUGCUGCUCUUUCAGCUCGUCUCCACGAUCCAGUACCUGCACACUAACUUUGGGCUCAUCCACCGCGACAUUAAGCUGGAGAACAUUCUCCUUUCCGAGGCCGACGCCGGUGUUCCCGACGCGCGCAUCCGCGAGGUGCUUGGGCCGGCUUUGCACAAGUCCGAUGCGUCAGCAAUGAUGGCCGAAGACAAGGAUGACCGAAAAGACUGCGCCUCGACGACGACCGCCGCUGAGACCCGGACAGUGGCACAGCACCGCUAUUCGAUGCUCUCUUGCAACGUGGCACGACUGCUGCGAGUGACCCUCAUCGACUUUGGACUCGCUCGCCGCACCCGUGCAACUACCCUGUCACCGAUCGUUGUCGCGUCGCGCGGGCGCGGUGCAGGAGCGCGACACGGCAGCCUGAGCGCGUCCAUCACGUCCCCAACUCACCUUGCCUCUUUCCCACCCACCAGUGCAUCCCUGGCUGCCGGCCACCCGCACGCCUCCCGCAACCCGAACAGCAACAGCUACAGUGGCAGUCUCGGUUCGCCAGCGUCGCCAAGCGCAGGGUGUGCUGCUGGUGCAGUGACGGUCGCCAAUGGCGGCAACAGCUCCAGGAACAGCUACACGCCGGCCAAACCGGCUCCACCGAGGCCGCCACUGCUCUGUCGGCCGCCCAGCGCGGCUGUCGGUGCUGGCACGGCACGCCUUGGGUCGAGUAAUGCGGGCAUCACCGCCAUGGAGCGGAGCACGCCGUGUGUUGGUAUGCCUUCGCCGAUGCCGUCCACGGCGAACAUGUUUACCCGCUUUCUCGACCUCGAGGAGGAGAUGGAUGAAGAGGAAAACGGCGGCGCAGCGAGCGCAUUGAACACGACCGCCAAUACAGUCACGAAAGUUGGUGACCUUGGCCGAGAUAGUCGACAGGACAUGGCCGAGAGCGAGGACAACAGCGGCGCCUUCAGCACCGACGUGAGCGCGUCGGAGACAGACUACGAGUCGGAAGGCGGCAGCACAGCUGAACCAAAGGAAGAGAGUGCACCGAACGGGGAGGAGCACCGCGAAUCAGGAGCACAUCAGGAGCAUUUGGCGCGCAGUGCACUCAUGUCUCCCAGCGUGCUGAGAGCGCAGCCACAGACACCAUCAGGAUCAGCGAUAAUAGUGUCGCCUCCUCUGCCUUCGACCCCGCUGCUCCUGUCCGGCACCACCACUUUCACCCUCGAUCACUUCAACGCGGAAAACAGUAGCAGCGGCUGCAACACCAGCGGCUUCGCUGCAGGCGGUGCUGGUCUGCGCAGCAGAUGUGGUAGCUGCAUCUACACCUCCCAUCAGCAGCUGCCACCGACGCCUCCGGUCGUCGCGGCUGGUGUGAGCUUGGCGCCGGAUGACACCGAGGCAACACUGCUGCUCACUCCGUGUGGCACAGAGAAGUACCUCCCGCCCGAGGUGCUGUCUUGGAUCCUGGAGCACGGCUGGGCGCGGCGCUCGACGACGGUCGGUCUCGCCCGCGCCAUGGACCUGUAUGCGAUUGGCAUCGUUGCAUACGUGCUGCUCAGCGGCUGCUUUCCCUUCAACGCAUCCUCCCGGGCAACGCUGCUUCAGCAGCAGCAGCGGGUGCCACGGUGCAACAGCGCUCGCUGGGCUGGCGUGAGCAGUGCAGCCAUUUCAUUCGUGCAGCGGUUGCUAGAGCCGAACCCGCGGAAGCGUAUGACGGCGAAGGAGGCUCUUGAGCAUCCGUUCCUGAACGAGGCCCGUCAGCUUGCCGAGAAGCUGUCGCUCGUGCCACACGGAGAGGGAGAGGAGGCGUCACACCCGUCGCCUUGUCGGGACGGUAGUCACAUGGACAACAACUAUCGCCACAGCAGCAGCAGCACGGGUCGCCACUUCGAAGACGACACCAACGCGCAUGCGUGGUCGCACUGGGCCACUAACACCACGGCAACGGCUAACUUGCCGCGCUCUGCGCUGUCGCCGACGCACCCCGACCACACGCACUCUGGUGCUGCGAUCGAGAGGACGUCGACCCAGCCGAGUAGCAGCGUGAGCCUCGCCGUCUACGACUCUCAGCGCCCCCACGCCGGUGGUCCGUGCAAGCUGGCGGCAGCAAAUGACCUAUCACCGCUGAGCACCAGCAACAGCAGCGGUGCACACCACAGCGGCGCCGACGGUAGCGGCGAGCCGCUACGUCACGUGGAGGGUGGCACUGCGCCAACUGCAACGAGCGCCAGCAGUGGAUGCCAUCUGUCCGACGCACCCUGCGUGUGCCGCAGCAGUAACGAGCACGAGGAAGAUGAUGUGCGCGCCUCCGUUACAUGUGAUGGGCCUGGAAAGGUGCAGGCACUGCUGCAGGCUUGCCAGGAGAGUCCAUACCUGACAAAACCACCGGUACCUGUCACGCCGACGCUGGCCAAACCGUGCACGGGAACGCUGGCAAGGGCAGCAGCGAUCGAGCUGCCCACCCCCUCCUCAUCGGCGGCGCAUCCAGUGAGACCCUUACCGUCUUCGACUCUUCCUUUCACGGCGACAGGCACGGCAAUGUCUGCCGACGGCGGCCGGACGGAGGGGACGACGACGCCAGGCUUAGAAUCUGCCGCAGCAGGAUCAUCGGCACGAGUGCUGGUGCCAGGCACUAAGGAUGCAGCACUCGCAACUCGGUCUGCUUCUCUUUCGCCAGCCGCUACAGCCAGCACUGCGAGGGCCACGGAGGGUGGCGGAGCCGACUUAUUCGAGUCUCUCUACAACAACAUCAUGUCCAGCGACUGA